AUGAAUCUAAGUUUUCUGUUUGUAGUCCUUGUUGUUCUAGUUCUUGCAUCCCCAGCAUCUCUGCAUGCAAGUUCCCUGGAAGAUGGUUCUAAUUUCACCUCAUCGCGUGAGUUCAAAGGCUUUCGUUGUCAGAGACCCUUCUCAACAAUGAGUUCCUUAAAGCGAAUUGGCGAUUCUGAGGCUCACGGAAACUGUGAUUUUCACUAUUUCCAAAUUGAAAACGCCUCCACGAGGGUUCAUUGUGAAAUUCUGACGCCACCUCAAUCAUCUGGUGAACGCGUUGAGGAGCCUUUAACUUGCAAUGUGGAGUUUAACAUCGUCGCGCGGUUGGCUAAAGAUGCUUCAGAGCGUUUCGAACAGAGUGUGGGGAACCUGAAGAGGUAUCCCGUCAUGGCAACUUCAGCCUCGGCUGCACAGACGGGGUUGCUGGACUCUGAAGACCCCUGGCGGUACACCUUUGAGCUUCGCUCCACUUUAGAACGGGGAACUGCGAUAACCUACAAAGGCUAUAACAGUCAAGGCUAUAGCCUCUGUUGCAGUGCCAUUCAAGAAGCGAAGUGUGAAUGGGUUUAUCGAGAAGAGGAUGGUCUUUCUGUAGACUCAACGGAGUCCUUGGACGACGUGGCUAACGAACAAAUUACGGCGCAACAGGUGUUGUCCGACUGCUCCCUGCCGCUGCCGGAUUUUGGAGGAGGGAAUGGUUCCACCCUCUCAUCUACAUAUUCGCCGUUGGAGUGUGGGGUGUUUCACAUAAAGGUCACUCGCACCCUGCAUCGUUAUAUUUUGGGACCCUGGGAAGCGAGACUUGAGCUGUGGCGACAGCGCGCGUCGUUUGCUGCUGAGGGGAAAGAAAGGGACAGGACGCCGUCUGGAAUAGACCCUGAGGUACUGGGGCGUGUAAUCGUGCCGUUUGAGCUGCCCAAAGUGGAGGAGAUGGAAGUUAAGGAUGCGGAGGCCCAGUCCCUGCUUCCGGUUGUCAUUUCAACAGCUACUGAGUCCAAUGAUGGGGACCUAUAG